AUGUCAGAAACAACAACCACCACUACAACUACCACUGGAUCUCCAGUUACCGGUGAAGCUCCAGCUGUAAAUAUUAAAGAUAAGAAUAUUUUUGGAACAGUCGAAGUAAAGAUUAAAGAAGUUAAAGGAUGUCAAACACAUUUCCUUUUUGCCAAAUGUGAAUUGGCCCAAAAGAAGACUGAGAUUAAGAGUAAAGCACUUUCGAAUCACACUUUUGUUGAUGUUUUUGAAUUCCGUGUAUCAUCACCAAACUCAGAGGUAGAAAUCGAAGCAUGGAAGAAGAAUCUUUUCUUUAAAGACAAGAUUACCGGUAGAAUUGUAUUGCCAAUUUCAGAGUUGCUCGGUGCCACCGGUGGCGAAGCCAAGUGGUAUCCAUUGACAACCUCAAAGAAGACCAGACGUCCACGUACUGCAACAUCACCAGAUCCAUCGGCACCAGCUGGAACUCCAGAUGAAAACGCUCAAGAGAAAGACACCACCUCUGAAGGUGAGCCAAAUGAAGAUUCACCAAAGCAACGUACUCGUUCCGCCAGUGUCUCGGCCAAGAAGCCAAAGGAUCCACCCGAAAUCUGCUUGGAAAUCAAAUUCACCAAGAACGAGCCACCCAAGGAAGUACUCAAAGGUAUCAUUUUGGACGGUCAAUGGACCACCGAAAACAGUGUCGGUAGUCUCACUAGCAAUCCACACUGGAUCAAAUGUGUUCAAUAUCUACUCACCGUCAAAAAUGAAAACACUCCACUCACUCUCAAACUUCGUCAACCAGAAGGAACUGACCAACGUGUUAGUUUCUUUGUUAUCAACUAUGACCCAUUCUAUGGUGGAAGUAAGAAAGUUAUUUUAGAUACAGUCAAUGAUAUUAAGAAGGUAGACAAUUUCAUUUGUCCAAUUGCAGCAACUGCAGUCGAUUGUCAAAUUGAAUUGGAAGUUGGACAAUAUUGUAUCGUUCCUUAUGCAGAGACAUUCGGAUUCGCUGGAUCCUACAAGUUGAAUGUCGACUCUCCACAGAUUGCCAAUAUAGAGUUGUAUCCAUUGCCAAAGGAUGAAUCGUGUCAGUGGAAGGAAGUCACUAUCGAAGGUCUCUGGACAUCGCAAAUCAAUGGUGGAGGAGACAUCAACGUACUCCACUGGACCAAGAACCCACAAUACGCCAUCCACCUCACCAAGAAGGCAAGAGCAUGCGUGCUUCUCUCACAGGACGACAACGAGAAAUCGAUUGGAUUCUAUGUGCUCAAGCAGACCGCCGACAUCGGUAAGCGUCUCGUCGAGUUCCGCGACCAAGUCGGCAAGACCGAGGCAUUCAAACCAUCGUGUCACAACGGAUGCACCAUGACCUUGGAGAAGGGUGACUACAUCGUCAUCCCAUCGACCUACGACCAAGCACUCGAGGGUGCCUACCACAUCACAAUGUACACCGACGACCAAGAGGCAACCUUCACAACCAUCACUCACACCUGGAAGGAGACCGAGUUGAUCAAGGGAACCUGGGUCGGAAAGAGUGCCGGUGGUAGUCCAAACAACGGAGCAUCUUUCUUUAACAAUCCACAGUUCCGUUUGAAGCUGCCAAAGGACAGAACCGAGGAGGUGUCGUUCGUCGUCCAGUUGAUUCAAGACUCCACUUUGAACGACGAGGGUAUCGGUUUCAUUGUGAUCACACGUGAGUCACACGAGAAACCAGUGCAAGCUUCCACCUUCCAAAACGAAGAUCUCUUCACCAAGACCAACAACUGGGAGAAGAGAAACGACAUUGCCUGUCGUGUCACCAUCAAGCCAGACCAACCAAACGAACUCACCGUCAUUCCAUCGACCUUUGAAAAAGGUGUCAAUCGUUCAUUUAGAAUUCAACUAUUCUCCGAGGUUCCAAUAGAAAUCGAAGAGAUUGAGGCAUCCGAAGAUUCAAGUUCAGAAUCAGAAGAAUUGACAUAA